UAUCGAAUGUUGGUAAUAGUGUUUCAAAGCGCGCGUACCGGUGUAUUUAUUUGUUAGAAGUUAAUCUUUUUGUAACAUUUUCAAUUUUACAUAGAAAUUUCUUAUCUAAUAUUGACGUUCUGUGACAAGUAAAAAAUGGAAUCGUUAAAUGAAACUAAGGAAAAUCUCGACCAAUCUAUUCGUUUGCAAAACAGUCAGCGAAAAUCGUUUUUAAGGUUAAGUGGAAGAAGUAAUACUCCCAAGAGGAUAUCAUUGCAAGCCGGUCAAUUACGAAAAGAUGCCGAUGACGGUAGGCAACUCAACGAUACGCAUAGCCCGAGAAUUGCUGACAAGUCGUAUUUCCUGGGAUCUGGAGUUAUAACAGACAACAUGAAUAUUGAUAGUUCGUUGACUCUUGCACCUCAUGAGAUUCGCGAUAUAAUGAUGCGCUCUGAGAAGAAUGAUAUUACCAUUAGGGAGAUGAUGGAAGAUAGCACAGCAACUGGAGCAAUUUUGAAAGCGAACGAGCCGUGGCGAGAGGCCAAAGCAAAACUCUAUUAUGAUUUCUCACAGAGCAUGCAGAUGCACUUCUUUAAAGCACAGCUCUUUGACAUUAUCGCAGAUUUCAUACAGCAUUGUACCGAUACAUUGGAUAUAAUGAGAGGCAUGCAAUCAAAGGUUGAAAAUACAGAUAUAGCAGAAGAUGAAAUUUCUUUAGAGAGUGAGAGAAACACAUGGAGACUGAUAUAUUGUCUUUAUCAAAACCGUAUAACUAAUGCUAACACACCUACUCAAAUGGAACACGACGGAUAUGUCAAUAAUUACAUCUCUGAAAAAGAUGUUAUAGAAAAUUUUUAUAAGUCUGAAAACUAUAUCAGGGAAUAUCAGUUGAUUAUUGAUUGGUUAGAAAAGAAUGCUCUGGAUCAGGCAAACAAACAUCCAUCUAUAGAGCUUUUCACUGACAAAACAGUAGCUUGGGAAAAUACAAUCCAUCAAUUGCAGAAUCCACACUUAGGAAUUGCAUUUACUUCAUCCAGACCAUUAGUAUCAUCUCUUGAUCCUGAUGCACCGAUACGAGAGGGUAAACCAUUGCACGAUCUAGAUAGAGAAGAUGAUGCCAGACUUGAAAAAAGAAUGUUUAUAGAGGUACGUUGUGGACGUCUUCAGAAAGCGCAAGCAUUAGCUAUACAUUGUGGUCAAUUUUGGAGAGCUGCGGGCUUAUUAGGAUGGAUUCCUCAUCAUGAUCCAAAUUAUAAUAAUCCAUUAACAGACACUAAAUUACCAAUUGAAGGAAAUCCUAACAGGAGUCUUUGGAAGUUAUGUGCUUGGGAAUUAUCUCAAGAUAAACGCAUAGGUGUAUUUUAUCGUGCCAUAUAUGCAAGUCUUUGUGGCAAUGUCCAACAACUACUACAAACAGCAGUAUCUUGGCAAGACGCAUUAUGGGCAUAUGUGAAAACCCUUUUAGACAUUAAAGUUGAAUCGGCAUUGUUAACGAUGGCAAAAGUUUAUACAAAUAUGCCAGAAGAAUAUUGGAAGAAUGAAAUCACAUUGGAAGAUGCGUUUAAAGAGCUGCAUGCGUCAAAAAAUCCAAAAAUACGUGCCCAAUCUAACAAUCCUGAUCAAUUAAUACAAAAAUAUAUAAUAUUAGAUCAGAUACCAAAGUUAAUGGAAGAGAUUGACAGUAUGCUAGAUAGUGGAAGCUGUGACUCUCAAUUUCUCAGGUUUCUGGCACAUCUGAUAUUAUUUUUCAGACAAAUCGGGAAAAGUACAAAAGAUAAAGUAGAAGACAAAAUAUUGUUGGCCUAUGUUCGGGUUCUAAUUCAAAUGGGCGAUCCAACUUUAAUUGCAUUUUAUACGGCUACGCUGCCUCAGGAGGACCAAAUAACGAACUACGCCUCUUAUUUAGAGAAUGUUACAGAACACGAACAACGUAAGAAGUCUUUACGUGCAGCGGAAGAUGCAAACUUGAAUGUAGAAGCUAUUACAAAAUUAGUAGUGGAGAAUAUACGCAAGAAAAAUAUAGGAAUUGAUCGAUCAGAUCUAAAAGGAACCAUCACCGAUGCAGAUAUGGAAAAGAUCGAUGCAUUGGACUGGCUGAUCUUCUAUCAAAGUCAGAGAGAGGAAGCUUUAUGGCAAACAAACGCACUUAUCAGAUACUUUUUAACUAAUGAAAAGGUUGACGCGGCACGGAAAGCAUUUAAUAAGAUCCCGACAGAUUCAAUUGAAUCGGUCAUGACUGAGUAUCCAAGUAUAGAAUGCACACUUACGAAUCUUACGAUAUCUAACAAUUUAUCCAGAAAACCAGCUGCUUCGAUAAAGGAAUAUCUUUGUUAUAAGACGUAUCUUGAUGCUCAAGAGGGUUUUAGCGAAUGGUUCUCUCAUUAUCAUCAUGGCAAACCUACCCCUCCGGAAGAAUUGCGAACGUACGCUACGUUUACCGAAAAGGUUGCGCACGAUCACAGAAAGACACAGUACAAUUCCGAAUUCAAAAGAUGGAAAGACACGAUGCAGCAUCACACGGAGGCGGUAAAACAGUUGUUAUUUAAUGUUUUACUGUUCCCCGACGGCGGUUGGCUCGUCGAUUCGAAAACUGCAAAUAACGAGGAGAACGAGGAGUCGUCUACGCCCGAGGAUGAGCUUAGGGAACAUCAAUUGGAAAAGUUACGCGAACUUUGCAUUCCUAAGAUCACACUUCUACUACAUUCGGUCAUGUCCGAAAUGAACGAGCAUGCUGACAGCAUUCAACUAGCUGACAUACUUGCCUCCGAGCAACAUCAGUUGUACAAAGUAUUUUCGAAGGAACGAUUACGCGAAGUAUUCAAAAAGAUCUGCGAAUCUUCUCUUGUUCUGAUGGAUCAAAAGAAAGAUCCUUGGGGAUAUUCUAAAUAAAGUGUAACUAUGUAAUAUAUAAAUCUGUAUGUAUGUACAGUGCUGUUUAUAUUGUCUGUAUUCCUGACAUUUUUCUUUUUUUUUUAUAAAACCAGUUUAUUGUCAACCACAAGAAGUGAAUAUAAAAUUUGAUACAAUGUUCAAUAUAAUUCAUAAUCAUAAUAUAUCAUAUACCUUGUGAUUACUUAGAUAUGCUCCUUUCACCCAAUUGUUAAUAAAUGUAGCGCUAUUAAAGCCAUUAAGAUUAAUGUGUGAAAUAUGACCAAACUCAUAAUAGAUAAAAAGAACAUCCUGAGACACAUCUCGCAGGGACACUUAGAAUUCGAUGACAGUUAAUAGACACUUCUAAUCUCAAUUCGAAUCGCAUAUAAUACCGGAUAUAGAUUUGCGUGCGCAAAUUAACAAGUACACGUUCGUACGGAAUACAAUAACACCAAAAUAAAGCAAUGCAUUCCGUACAAAUCUAAAUGAAUGUCAUACGUUAAAGGAUCGUAAUGAUAUGUGGUUUAUUGUAUAUUUAUUCUAUUGUCAAAGAGAGUGAUAUUUUUUGUCGACGAGAGCAGUCUUGAUUUCACAAAACUUUGCCUUUCCAUAAUCACAUAACGUGAUUUUGAUACGUGCGCCUUCCAAUU